GUUAAGCACAUAGCCCAACCCUUUCUUUCUCUUUCCUUUCCUUUCUCCUUCUUACUGUUCACCAUCCUCCUUGUUGAUCAAAACCAUCAGAAUUCCUUUGGUUGAUGAACUGGAAACAUACAAAGAAAUCACAAGAAUCAUCAACCUCUUGCGCUCAGAAAACAUUUUGAUUCAAGUUGCAACCUCGAUUGCGUACUGGGAAUUGCAUAUUAUGGGAGAAAAGAAGCGAUUGAGAACAUGCUUCGAGUUGGGUUCCUUCAAUUGACCCAGCAGCAACCCAGCAAUUACUUUCCAUUAAGCACCCAGCCCAGCCCUUUCUUUCUCUCUCUCUCUCUCUCAUUUCCUAUCUCCUUACUGUUCAGCAUCCUCACCAAAUCCAUCUUCCUCCUCACCUCCAUCCUCAUCCUAAUCAUUUGCAACCUCAUCUUCCUCUUAACAACCUCGAUUCCUUCGAACCCGCCUCCAACAGAUCUGCUUUCGCCACCACCGCCCUGCAGCGCCGUUUCCCCUGCUUCCUCCAAAUCUGCUUCUGGGUUUGAUGCUUCCGCUAGAUUUGAUUCAGGGUUUGAUGCUUCUCUCUCCAGUGUUCUUCCUUAGAUGUUCUACUGUCCAACGACCCACAAGAAAUGGAAAAGCAUCAU